UCUCAGUUUCUCGCAGUUUCUCGGCAUGUGCAGAAGAGAGACAAGUGUGUUGAAGAGUGGUGAAAGAUUUUCGAAAAUAUAGCCCGUAAAAUAGAAUGUCGUUUGCUGCGAAAACUACGUUCACGUUAUGCUGUUCUGUGUCCAUCGGAAUAAUAGUCUACGUGCAUUAUAAUCAAGAAUCUCAGAGAAAACAGCUUCAUUUGGGCGUAGAACGCGAUAUUCAGCGUCAAGAACAACGAAAGAUACAGAAUUUGUACAUGCUCGAGCAGCAAAAGCUUCUGACGAAGGAACUGCGUGAAGCAAAUAAACUCGAGAAUUAUGAGACUCCAGCUUGACAUGUAAA